AUGAAAUUCACGGAGUUGAUGGAACAUGAACAGGAAGAGAUCAAGAAAGGAGUUCGUUUUUUUGAUCCAGCGAACACCGGCUCAGUUGCAACGGCCGAUUUGGGAAAAAUACUGAGGUGGUGUAAACUGAUACCUACAAAUGCCGAAAUCAGCGCCCUAGCUGAACAGCUGGAUCCUUCGAGGACAGGACGGAUCAGCCUACCCUUUGUGUACAAUGCAGUUGCUAAUAUGUGGCCUUCUUACCCUGGUGAAUUGGAGCGGCGAGCUUGGGGAGCAUUUCUGACAUUCGAUAAAUGCGAUAAGGGCAAGAUAACCCCGGAAGAUCUUAGCAAGAUACUACUGGGUUUUGGAUUAGAGCCAUUGCCGGAAAACGAAGUGAAAAAAAUCAUCAAGGAAAGCAUCGAUCGAAAAGACGGUCUAAUUGAAUACGGAAUGUUGAUCCGAGAAUGGCUUAAG